AUGUGGAGAAACAAAGAUAUCGAGGUUUCGGAAGUAGAUCAGCCAGCUGAUCCAAAACUUGGAUAUAUUAUUCAAAAAAUGUUGGAUAUGUUAGUAUCAAUAAAUACUCAAAUUGGUUUGAUGAAUGGAGGACUCAGUUGGCAAGAGGAGGGCAAGAAAAAGUUAAACGAUGAAUCUGAGGCCAAAUUAUGUUCAUUAAAAGGCUAUAAGCCCAACCAAAUAGAAUUUGGUGAAAGUAGCUUGUCAGAAUGGUUGAAGGAAUUAUCUCAAGUGGAAGGAAAGAAUAUCGAGAGAGAAGAUAUUUUGAAGAAUGUUUACGAAAACCUGAAGCACAGAGUACGAUUGAGAAAGGCUAGGUUUGAUAAAACCUGUGUUGUAUGCAUCAUGGCUUAUUCUUACGAGGCACAGGAGAAGAGAAUUAGGAACUUGAUUGAAGAGGUAAUGGCUGAAAGAGACGCUAGUGAUUCUGAAGAUGGAGAAAUCGACUUUGAAGAAGUCCAGGACCCAGAGUGGAAAAGUGAUUUCGACACCGAACAAAAAACGUCGAGUGAUGAAUCAGAAGACAGUGAUUGUGGUCCUGACAGUGAUGUGUUUAUCGGUGUGAAAUGUGCUGCGAAAAGUGCUACAAGUCCUCUACAGUGCUGGGAACUGUUUUUUGAUGAAAACAUUAUACACGUACUCGUUGGCUGCACUGACAGUUACAUUCAAAGUAUCCAGGAAAACUCUACAAGGAUGCUCCAAGGAAUCAACAAGCAUGUAGAAGAAAUGUCUAAAAGAAAUGAAGACAUCUACAAGCGUUUAGAAGAGAUUUCCAAAGGAAACGAUGAAAUCAAGAAAGGAAAUAAAGAAAUCAAUAAUCGUAUAGAAGAGAUGACCAAAGAAACCCAGAAAAACUUAAGGAAAGGACUGCAGGAAUUCCAGGAACAGAUGAGAAUAGCUCUUAAGGAGAGAGAUGACAAGCUGCAGGUGAAGAUUAAAGACAUAGUACAAGUACAACAGCAGUGCCAAGUUAAUAUUGGUAAAUUUCGAAACAAACAAGUGAAAUUGGAGGAGGCUGUAAUACAUAUAGUCACAAAUGAGAUCAAACAGUUUCAGGAGGGAGUCCAGCAGCUAGAAACUAAAAUUGAAGAGAGUGCCACCUUAACAGAAGUUCUCCCAACACACUUACAAGAUGCAGAUAAAAUUCAGUUCGCAAUAGACAGAAUGGAGGGUGAAGCUUUCACCUGGGGAGGUAGGAAGAAAGAAGAAGUUACCAGCUGCAGUCAGUUUGAGAAAGAGUUUGUAAAGAAAUACUGGUCCAAAAGUCACCAGUGUGCAACACUUGAAGAUUUACUGCAUCGCAAGUCCCUUAAUAUAUGGAGAGGUAGCUUGAGAGAAUUUGCUGAGCAUCUAUGGGAAGUGAAUGAAACAUUAGAGCAACCAUUGAAUGACGAAAUAAUGAUAUCAGCAAUUAAAAGGAGGUUAAGUCGCAGGAUGCAAGAAAACUUAUCCAGAAGCCUGAUUAAAGAUAAAGACACUUUAAUGGAAGUAAUGGAGGAAUUAGAAACUAUUCAUGCACAGGAAAACAACCAGAUGCGUGAUCAGAACAAAGGUGAAAAUAAUUACCAUCAAAAUUAG